CUAACCUCCGACACUCAAAACGACGUUGUCAACAACACCGGCUGCAAAGCCGUUACGGUUGUCUUUGCGCGCGGCACCCUCGAGGCCGGGAACGUGGGGUCUCUCGCCGGUCCCCCCUUCUUCCAAGCCCUCGCCACCUCCAUCUCCGCCGACCAACUCGCCGUCCAAGGCGUCGACUACCCCGCCGACAUCGCCGGUUUUCUAGCUGGCGGCGAUUCAGCCGGAAGCACACUAAUGGCGCAGCUAGUCGGGCAGGCGCAGACGCAGUGUCCGGAUACAAAGGUGGUGAUGAGCGGGUAUAGCCAGGGGGGGCAGUUGGUGCAUAACGCGGCGAAGCAGAUCACGGCGGCGCAGGGGGCGGCGGUGAACUCAGUGGUUAUUUUCGGCGACCCGGAUGAUGGCCAGGCGGUCGCGAAUGUCAAUGCUGCGAAUGUGGAUGUUAUCUGCCAUAGCGGCGACUUGAUCUGUCAGGGGCAGGAUACCGUCCUUUUGCCGCAUUUGACGUACUCCGAGGAUGCAUCAGCGGCGGCGGCAUUCGUG